AUGGCCACGACAGCUACCAAGCCCCUCGCGUCGGCGACGUUCCGACUUGGUAACGGCAAGGACGCGCAGAUCCCCAUCGGCAUGUUCAUCAACAAUGAGUUUGUGGACAGCGUCUCUGGCGCUCGCCUCGACGUUUACAACCCCGCGACCGGCCGCGUGAUUGGCCAGGUCGCACAGGGCGAUGCCGCAGACGUGGACAAGGCCGUGGCGGCCGCGCGCGCUGCGUACGAGGCCAAGAACCGCGCGUGGGGAUUCCACAACCACGCGGGUCGCGGCGAGCUCCUCUACCGCCUCGCGGACAUUAUUGAGCGCAACCGCGAGGAGCUGGCUGCGAUUGAGGCGACGGAUGUCGGCAAGCUGUACAAGGACGCUCUUGCCCGCGACAUUGCGGGUGUCGUCAAGACUAUUCGCUACUAUGCUGGCUGGGCAGACAAGAUUAUGGGACACACCUACAACGCGAUCCCGUAUGUGCACGCCUACACCAAGUAUGAGCCCAUUGGCGUCUGCGCCCAGAUCAUCCCAUGGAACUUCCCUGCUUCUAUGCUCGCGUGGAAGAUUGGCCCCGCACUCGCGACUGGCAACACGAUUGUGCUCAAGUCGGCCGAGUCGACGCCGCUGUCGGCGCUCAAGAUCUGCGAGUACAUUGUCGAGGCGGGCUUCCCUCCCGGAGUGUUCAACCUGAUCACUGGUCUUGGCCCGACGGCCGGCCAGGCCAUGGCGGACCACAUGGACGUGGACAAGAUUGCGUUCACUGGCUCUGGCCCCGUGGGCCGCCGCAUCCUGGCCUCGGCUGCCAACUCCAACCUCAAGCGCGUGACCCUUGAGCUCGGCGGCAAGAGCCCCAACAUUAUCUUUGACGACUGCAAGUCGAUCAAGGACGCGGCCGAGUGGGCCGUGUUUGCGAUCGAGAUGAAUGUCGGGCAGGCCUGUGUCGCCGGAUCGCGCAUCCUCGUACAGGAAGGUAUCGCCGACGCGUUCAUCAAAGAGUUUACCACCCAAAUGUCGCAGAUCAAGGUCGGCGACCCGUUCGACCCGACCACGACGCAGGGCCCGCUCAACUCUGCGCCGCACUUUGACCGCGUGCGCGGCUGGGUCAAGACUGCCUGUGACGACGGCGCCACGCUCGCUGUCGGCGGCACCGACCUCUCCGAAAAACUCGGCGGCGGCUACUUUGUGUCUCCCACUGUGCUCACCAACGUCUCCCCGACCAACAGGGUCCUCACGAACGAGGUGUUUGGCCCCGUUGUGACCAUUCAGACCUUCAAGGACGAGGCCGAGGCGAUCAAGGAGGCCAACAGCACGACCUACGGCCUCGCCUCGGCAGUCUUUACGUCCAACCACGAGCGCAUGCUGCGUAUGAACGAGGCGAUCCGCGCCGGAACGGGUGAGCCACAGAAGGUGGACCUUGUCCAAGAGAGCUGA